AUGCCCGAGGACCCUCGGCAGCUUCUCCCGCCCACAGGAGCUUCCGAGGCCCUGCACGCCCUCUCGCCACCUCCCCGUGCAAGCCUGCCUACUGCUCCCCACACGACGGCCCAGUACUGGUGUGCUGGCCAGCUCGAUGCCCUGCUGGGAGCAUCCCGAGCCCACCUCCCAAGGCUCAUUUCAGAGGGCUGCCCCUGGGAGGAGUCAGUGCGCACGCCCCCUCCUCCACGCAGGACUCAGGCCUGCCCCAUCCAGUGCUCGACCGCGCCACCAACACUGCUGGUGGCUCCGCCCGCGCAGUGGCCGUCCUGCAGGUGA